ACCAAACGACCGAUCACAACACUUUCGGCAUAAGCGCAAUGUCCAUGGAUAUGUCAAGGUUCUUAGGUGGAGGUCGCCGCACUCCUGCCAAUCGGAACAUGGCCCUCAGGACCAGAACGGGAACUGGAGCCACCGCAAAAGGUGGUGCUGGUGCAGCACAGCCACCAAGUCAAAGAAAUCCAAGGCCGCCAAAUGAGGCAGCUGCGCCCGCAACAGGCGCCUCCAAACUAGGAGGAGGAACUGGUGCCUCACAGCCGCCGCCCAAGUCAGCAGCUGGAGCUGUGCCCAAGAGACCAGCAAGUCGAGCGACUCCUGCGUCCGCGGUGUCCGCAGAUGCAGGCAAGGCAGCAUCCAAGAGGGCAACUGGUGGUGGUGGUUUAGUUGGUGCUCCCACGGGGGUUAUGCAAACCAGUGCCACAUCCACGCUGCGCCGAAGACCGGCUGCUUCAAGAAUACCCAUUUCCCGGCGAGUAAACGAGGUCAAGUGGAUCAUGAAGCCAUCGCAGAGCUUUACACCGUGCAGCAAGUCCUCCUCCGAGAAUAACUUAGCUGAACAAGCCAGCGGGUCGCGGGAGCCCAAGAGGAAUCACGCCGCAGCUUUGGGCCGGAACAGCAGCAGCAGUGGCCAGCUAGCGUUGCCCUCGCCGGCUGAACAGGUUGGGCGGACAAGGAGCAAGGUGCGCUCAUCGCGCAUAUUCCGUGUGCCCAGCCAGCGGAUUAUGCACGUCGAUGAGCUGAUGCAUGCACAGCUGCGCCAGAUGGAUCCCCGGAGAGCACGAACCCAGCCCAGCAGUCGAUUACGAAGUAGGUCCCCCAACUGGUCAGCCAGUAGGUUACCAAGUCCACUGUCCCAACAAUCAUCUUUUAGAUCGCCAGCCAGCUCGUCCAGUUCAACCGAAAUCGUGGAGGUGAAGGAGGUGCCUCUGCGCGAUUCCGGAACCGUAAGCCAGAUACCCGCCCCCGUGACCACAUCGCAGCCAAGUCUUGCCAAUGGGCUUAUUUCCUGCUCACCCAGUCCGGCCGCUAGUCCCGUUCCCAGCCAGAGUCGCCUUCAGAGCCCAACCAUGAGCACCAGUUGGCAUUCCAGCAGCUGUACGAUGGAGAACGGCGUAAGAAGCAGCACGUCCAGCUCCAGUCUCCGCUCGAAUGCAACCAGCAGCAACACCAGUGUCAUAGAGUGCAGGAGCGGGAUCAGGACGCCCACCACCGAGCAACUGAGUCCUGCCAUCGCAUGUGCAUUGGGUGGCAAGGCCAUCAAGCUGACCUCAACGGUGAUUAGGAUCAUGCAGCCUGUCUCAUCGAAAGGGGACGUGAAACCGCCGGAAAUUCCCAAGGAGCAGGAGCAGCUCAAGCUGCCCGUGCAGAAAGGAAGGGCCAAAACUAAACUGGCAAUGAAUGCAGCGAUGGUCCAAUCGAUUUCGCCACCAAAGUUCACUCCCAUGGUGAAGGUACCGAAUCCAAUCAGCCAGUCGGUGAAUCAUGUCGUCAAUCAGUUGACCGCUCAACUGAAGGAAGCUGCCAUGAUGCACCUAUCCGAAGACGAUCUACCAAAGGAUUCUAAUACCUAUGAAGCAUUCUCGUCAAAGGAUCCCUCCAGAAAGCCUUCCAUUUACCUACUCAUGAACCAGCCAAAAAGUGCGUCAGGUGCUUCGGGAAAGGAACCUUUCAAGGAUUCGUGGGUCAUCCAACCAAUGGAGCAACAGCAGUCGUCUACGAUUAAUCAGCAGACCAAUCGCUAUCUGGACGAAUCACUAAGCCAUCCCAGGCAGCAUUUAAAUCAACAAAAGGCGAGAGCGGCGAGUCAGCAGAGAAGUGAAUCAAGGAGCCCAACUGGGCACCAUACGAUCAGUCCUCCAAAGGAGUCAUUGAAUCAGUAUGCCAUACCGCCAAAGGCUAGAAGGCAGCCAAAGAGGUCUCCUUCCAAAGGCUCUUUGCUUCUGAAGUCUAGAGAGUCGCAGACAAGAGUAACACGGAAUCCGUACAUGGAAGAGCCCAAAACUUUAUCGAGGGUUCCAGCUGGGGCCAGGAGAACGCCACCCGUUUCGGUGAAUAGGAUCAGCCAGGCGUGCACAUCCACUGGAAGCCCGAAAGUGGUGCCGCCGCCAGGAGCGCAGAAGCCACAAGCCACAACUGUGGGCAAGAUCAUUCGAAAGGAACAGCACAAGGUGCCGCGUACCAUGGAGGACGGCAUCGACAUGAGCUACCAGUACUUCGUGUCGAUUCCCCUCAAGCGUGGUAAGAAGCCGCAGGUGGUUCGCUACCUCUACCGCCCGAUGGUGCGCCAACUUAACGCACCCACUUCGCCCAAUCGACGCUCGAGGCGAGCGAGUAGGAAGGCAGCGGCGGCGGCGGCGGCUGCUGCGGCCAGAGAUGAAGAUCAGCCCAAGGCAGCAGAGGAGGAUCCACAACAGAUGGAUCCCGAGCUGAAAGCACUGGGCGGAAUGCCGCUGCCGCUGGAUGAUUCACCGCAGGGUCAGGUUAAGGAGUCUCCCCCACGACCGGCAGUCGAAUCAAGGAUUCUGCUCGAUCCCGAGGCAGUGCUCAAUGCUCCGUACGAGGUGCCACCGCUCAAGCUGCAUGCCCGCUACAAAUCGAUGAUGGAGCAGUUGGCACAGAUGCCGUAUCCGGAGGAGAAAAGCACUCGUCCAAGUCGUCGACGCGGCAACCGCCAAGUGCGCGCUGCCGGUGGCGCUGACCAGGUGCCUUCAUCGGCACCCAUGCCAGACCCGGGCAUUGGCGGUGGCGACGGUGCUAAGCGUGAAAUGGACUCCCUACAGCAGGUGUCCUCCAUCUGGAAGUCGGGUUCCCGGUUGCCAAAGCCAGUCAACUAUCGACCAGAGGCCAAACGUCUCAGCACGGCAACCGGUGCACCGGUAUCAUAUCAUGCUCCGGUGCAAUUUGGACACCCCACGGCGGACACGGACGACUUUAUUCUACCGGGAGAGCCGAUGAUUCAGGCCAUAACAUAUGACGAUAUCGAGGAGAGGGAGCAGAAGCUACCGGCUGAGCAGCAGGAUUCAAAGGACCCGCCUGUGCUGGAGCGCAAAGAGGGCACCAAGUCAGUGAGCUUCCAUCCCGGCGAGGUAGAAGUCAGUGAGUUCUCCGUGAGCAGCAGCUCCAUCAGCAUCAGCUCCACUUCGAGCAGCAGCAGUGGCGUAACCAAGACCAAAGCCCGCCGGACUUCCAAGAAGCGGAAGUCCAAGUCCAAGGGAAGGAACAAGUUGCGCAAGUAAGAGGUUCCCGGAAUGAGAAGUACCUGGCAUCGCGGACUACAAGCAGAACUGAACAAUUUUCAUUGAUCUUCGUAGCAUCGAUUUGAAAGAUCCUCUCUUUUUAACCUUUACAAAUUAAAAGUGAUUGUGUAGGUUUUGAAUAUA